CUCGAACCCAAACCCAAAUCCACAAUCCACCCUUCUGUUGCUGUCGACAUGGCCGCCCACGGCAAGCCCAGCCCCAAGCCGCCGGGCGCUCCCGCUCCGCCGCCGCCGCCACCGCCGUCGGUGGCGGAGGCGAAGAAGGGGUUCAUGCGCCGGAUGUUCCCCUUCCUCCUCGCCGUCAACCUCUUCGUCGGCGCCUACGUGGUCGUCAGGACCUACUACAAGGACCCGCCGUCGAGCAAAGGCGGCGCCUUGACCGACCCUGCUUCGACCGCCGACAAGCCCGCGCCUGAACCUGCUGCUGCCGUGCCCGCCAAGGCGUUCCCCCCGAUCCCGGAAGAGGAGCAGCGCAGGGUGUACAAAUGGAUGCUGGAGGAGAAGCGCAAGGUGAAGCCCCGCGGCGCUGCAGAGAAGAGGAAACUCGACGACGAGAAGGCGCUGCUCAAGGAGAUCAUCAGAGCAGAGUCGCUUCCAAAGCUGCUGUGAAGCUCAGCAGAUUGUUGCUGCUGUUUGUAAAAAAGGUUGCUGUCUGUCUGAUGUGUGUUCUCGUGUGAAUGGUUUGGGCCUGGUUGGAAGUUGGAUUAGCUGGUUGUGUGCGUGUGUGUUGUCGUCGAAGUCGUCGGCGUGUGGAUUUGACCUCGAUUUCUCAAGAUCAAUCUUGGAUUGUUUUCUGUGGAUGUAAACUAGAAGUGUUGAUGAUGUUGGUUUUAUAAUCACGGCAAUGGGGUUUCUUGGGAGAUUA